AUGGCGAAGAAGCGUGUGAUGGUGGCUGCCCAGAACAUCGACUUAUCCGCCGUCCAAUACGAGCAAGAAGAAAUCAAAGCUCCCCAUUUGACUGGCUUAGCUUUUAAGCUGUUUGUGUGGAUUGUUGAAGCACCGAUCAUAGGUUCUUUGAUAAUCUCAUUAUUGAAGAAGCAGAACAAGAUGACUCAGUUGUUGCGGAAUACUGUGAUACCAGAGGCACCCAUGUUCAAACCUGAAUAUCCUCCCCAAGAACCAGAACCUGGUGUUGUUUCCCUUGAUGAAGAUGGAAAACCAGAAGACAGAGUUGAAGUGGCCUUGAAAUGCCUUCCACAGUAUGAUCCUGCUAGCUGCUGGAAUGGGGAUUCAACUCCAUCUUUCCGGUACUGGAAGAUACGCGAUUAUGCUUAUGCUUACCGUUCCAAGAUUGCAACCCCAUCUGUGGUAAGUUGA